GAAACUUUGUUUUGCACCGCGUAAACAGGUAAACCAGCUUUCAAUGUAGUUCACCCGCGAAUAGUGCGUUUUACGGUCGGUUUUAGAAUGACUUCCAUUCAGGAACUGGAACAUUCGGCCGCCAUAAUGAUGGCUCCGCCAAAUGCUGUGACGCAUCAACAGCGCCAGUCCGCCGAACAAGUGUUCCUGAAUUUUAGAAGAUCAAAGUCACCUUACCUGGCAUGCAGGCAGAUCCUAG